UUCUACUUCAUUGUCGGCGCGAAGACAUGAGGGUGCAAGAAAAAUUGUACAGUAGGACUAGGAGACGUCACUGGCUCGUUGGGCCGCGGCGAAAGUCUAGUGAUGCAAGUUCCGGGAGAAACACUUCAGGAAUUUCGGCUGGGUCCAAGUCAUACAUCAAGAACAUGACAAGUGUCGGACCCAUGAUCCCAAACAAUGGGUUAUCAGUUGGUGCAGGCAAUUGGAUCGGCGAUAGAAUCCAAGGAUAUUAGCAUCAUGAGUCAAGCGGGACAUAUGGCCGACACGGACGGCGACAAUGCACGGUGGGUGAACCCGUGGAGCGUGUACGGUGGAUACACGCUGAUCGACAGUGGUUUACCGUCAUGGAGUUGAGAAGACUGCGCAAAUCCUAGAAGGAUCUUGGACAUCGCUGACUGUGGAGAACGCUGACUGAAUGGUUUUGAUUUUCGUUUUGAGGCACACACCUUCGAGAUCAACAAU